UUUUUAUGAAUUCUAGGUGGUGUAAGAAGAACUACGACACCUAGCAGCAUCAAUGCCACGAGAGAUUCUCAGCUUUUGUCGGUGCUAGCUGCUCGACGACGUCAGCUCUUGACAGGGAGGCUGGCUACACACAUCAACACUUUGGCUGCGCUUGCACAUAAGUCCAAUAAAAAUAACACCACUUUCGCCCAAUUAGAAAUAAGAGACUCAAAUAGUUCUAUAGUCAAAAGAAUAACUUUCGACAACUCGAGCAAUGAACCAGCACCCACGCUUAAAUUAAUUACCACCGAUGGCACAAAAGAAACCCGACAAUUAGUGAAACCACAUGAAAUAAGACAUAUUUUUAUACCCAAAGGCUAUCAAGAAAAUAGAAGUCGAGCUGGUUUUAUGAACAAUCGGAGAACUCUUAACAAUACCAAAUCAUUCCCGACGUCUGAAUCAGUUACUGAAAAUAGUGUUGUCUACGUGCCGCCAGAAAAACUAGAAGGACUUGAUAAGGAAGUAGAACUAGACCCUGAAGAAGAGUUUCAAGUAGAUGAGUCUAACCAUGGCCUUUAUUUACUUAACUAUUCAGAUACUGAUAAUGCAACACAAAAUUCAAACACUAACAAAACAAUAAGUAAUGAAGUGAGAGAUAAUAACACCGUAACCACUGAAGUUACAACGGUACCUGAUUAUAAAGUUGAUGCUACAGAGAAAACUAUAAUUAAAGAAAAAGAAAAAACGGAAAGUAAUAUUAUAGCAAAUAGCACUAAUACUGAUAAUACAAAACUAGUUAAAGUUGACAAUGAUAAAGAUAAAGAAAAUCACACGUCAUACAUAUCCGAUGAAAUAUAUAAUCAUUUCCGACCUCUUGAAACUGAGUUACCGGUUGAAGAUAUGGCACCAUUUAUUUAUUUCGGGCAAAAAUUAGGUGGUCAAGCAAUAAGUGAUAAUUUGACCAAUUCUCCAACUUUGUCAGCAUCAACAAAGUCUGUUAAUUUUAUUCUAGCCCCACAUGAGAAAAAGAAAUUUAAUUCAAGAUAUUCUGCGACUGAAAAAUAUAAAAAUACAAGUGCCGAAGAAGAAGAAGUGAACGAAGAUAUGGACGUAUCAGUAGUGAAGAAUAUCAUAGAAAAAAAUAAAAUAAGGAAUACUGUUAAAGGACCUGCACCAGCUAGAUCAGUUGGUUUGGUAAAUGCUUAUCGAAAGUAUUCUAGUACUACGCAAGCAACUACUAAAUCUCCUAACAUAGCACAGCUGAAUGUAACUGAAGCAAUUAUACAGAAUGUAACACCAAAUACUCUAGAGAAAAAGAAAGAAAAUAGUCAAAAUAACGACACAAACUUAUCUAAAGAAUAUUUCACCAAAAUUAAUACUACACAAAUAGGUACUAUUCAAUCUUUAAAUAACAACACGAAUGCAGUACAGGGUUAUGCGAUCAAAACAAAUAAUACAACUAUUCCUAGAAAUUAUACAAGAAAUUAUUUUAACAUACGAAGACGGCCUUCUAGAGUAACGGCAAUAUCUUCUAAUACGGAAAAUACGCUAGCUGUUAAUACAACCACAACAGAAAAAGUUGCUACAUCAGUUUAUACUGCUGUAGUAACAUCAGUAUCUAUUACCUCUUCUAUGAAAGGACAAAACAAAACAGAUGCAUCAAUAAAAGAUUUUGACAAUACUACUGGCACUGAAAUAACUAAUGAAAAAAAUACAACAACAGUUAAAUCUAUUACGUUAAACGACAUAGAAACUACUUUAUCACCUUCGACGAGCUCUCCUACGCAUAAACCGAAUAGACAUAGAAUUAGAAUAAGGACUACAACUACAGAAAGCAGUUUCAAUUCCAGUCCUAGUCCUAAACCGAUCACUUAUAAACCACCAGAGUUGCCUUUAGCAAGUGAAUUGUCAACUCGUAAUACUGAGUUUAAAAAUGAACCAACAACUUCUAGAUUACCAGAAAGAUUAGCAAAUUUGUAUAAACAGAAUUACGAUAAUUCUACUGGCAACGCAGGAAGACCUAAAAAUAUUCUGCGUAGACGUAGACCAACGACAACCUCUACGACGAGCACUACAUCUACCACGAUAGCUGUACCAAUUUUGAGUUCAAGUGAAACUGUUUCUAAAUCAUCAGAACCAUUAAUGACUCUUCCUAAUACACUACUUUCUAGCACGAUACCAACUCAGGUGACGGAAACUAUUGAAACAACUUUUAAACCGUUCGUUGUAACAUCACGAACAUCUUCCGAGUCUAUAGUUCGACCUGUCUUGAUUCCCAAAAAGGAAAAAAGCGAUGAAGCUACAACUGCAACAAGUACUACAAAGGAAGGUGAAGAUCACACAUCACAAAACGAAGAGGUUGUUAUAGAAGCUGAUAAAUCUUAUACAGCUUCAUAUGUCUUAGCUGGAUUAGGAUUUCUCCCUGUUGCAGCUAUAAUAGCAUUCGUGUUAAGAAAUUUUAUGAAUAAAAAAGCCAAAGAAUUAGAUACUGAGUACGAAGGAUAUUUUGAUGAUGGUGAUAUUAAAAAAGAGUCUCCUAUAACAACUGUAGCGAGGCCUCCGUUGCCUACGCCAACUAUGCCUGACCAAAAAUGGGAAUUUCCGAGAAAUAAACUAAGACUGCAAACUUUACUAGGCCAGGGUAAUUUUGGACAGGUAUGGAAAGCCGAAGCGGAUGACUUGAAUGGCCACGAUGGUUUAACGAGAUUAGUUGCAGUGAAAAGUAUCAAAGAGACGGCAUCUCAAAAAGAGAAGCAAGAAUUACUUCACGAAAUCUACAUCAUGCAGAAGAUUGGUACUCAUCCAAAUGUCGUCACUUUACUUGCGUGUUGUACUGAACAAGAGCCUUAUCUUUUGAUAAUGGAAUACGUGAUGUGUGGCAAAUUGCUGACUUACUUGCGUGAGCGCCGCUCUCGGCCCGAUCGGUUCAGUGGAAGUGGCGCCCUUACCUCUAGGGAUCUUACCGUCUUCGCCUACUGCGUGGCUAGAGGAAUGGACUACAUUGCUUCUAAGGGAAUCGUGCACAGAGACUUGGCGGCUCGAAAUGUUCUAGUAGAUCACAACAAGCUCUGUAAAAUCGCCGACUUCGGCAUGUCGCGGUGCGCGGGCGCAUCAGCGCGGGCCGCGCGCUCGGCGCUUCCGGUGCGGUGGAUGGCGCCCGAGUCGCUGCUCUACAACGUGUACAGUCAUCACACGGACGUGUGGGCUUUCGGAAUAUUGCUGUGGGAAAUAGUUACGCUCGGUUCAACGCCGUACGCAGCCAUGAGCGGGCGGGAGGUGCUGGCAGCGGUGAGCGAGGGCUACCGGCUGGAGCGGCCGGCGCACUGCAAGCCGCAGCUGUACCGCGCCAUGCACUCCUGCUGGCACGCGGACCCCUCGCAGCGGCCCACCUUCGCCACACUCAAGGCUCAACUCGCGGAGCUGCUCGACAACGAGCCCGCCGAAGGGAACUAUGUAGACCUUGAUUCUUUCUACCAGGAGUCGUCGGUGUAUAGUGACCCUUCGGCUAUAAUUAACGAUGACGACGGCCUGUCCGCUGAGUACGAUAGGGAGAGGAGGUGUUUUAGGGAACUGUCAAAAGGCCCUACUAAAUUCGACAACAGAGCGUUCAGCUUCCGCGACGAAGAACUCCGAAACAAAUUCGGCAUCGGCACUCCGCGGAUGGGCGGCUUCGGCAUCCGAGACGUCCCUUUCAACGAACGCAACUUCUCCGAUGGAGAGUUCAACGAACGCACAUUCUCUGAUAAGAAUUUCCCCGAACGGAAUUUCACUGACAAAAAUUUCAACGACCCAAACUUCACUGAGAGGAAAGAUGGAAAAUUGUCAACGUCCAGCUUCCAUAGAGAGAGAGAAAAGGAGAAUCCAUUAGUUAGUAGGAACAGUUUUAACGGUUUCCCAAGGAUAGGGACUAGGGAGAAUCAUUUCCAAAUGAAUCCAGAUGGUAGGAAUAAGAGAGUAUCGGAAUUUGAGUGUGACAUAUGAAUACUAUUUUGGCCUCUUUACUUUUGAAAGUCGGCUUUUCUUAGUUUGAUCAAAUGUCCAAAUUGAAUCUGCUGUCAUGAAAUUUUGUAAAUUUAGAUACAGUAGAUUAAUAUAGUCUGAAGAAAGUUUUGGUCGGAUUCUCAAAAGAUUUGUCAUGUGGUGUUUAGACUGACUGAUUACACAUCCAUCUAGUUAAUGUGAUAGUAUUCUCGUCAAUAACACAGACACUACUAACACUCCCUUUUUUUAUAUUCACACGUAGUUUUCGGCACGUGGGCAUGACAUGUAUAGAUUUUAAGUUUCAAUUUCAAUCAGAUUGAAAUUCUGUAACUUAGACAGCGUGUUGUUUUUUUGUAAAUAUUUGUUAAUUUAUAAACAGUAUUGAGAGAUUGUUUAAACGAUUUAUAGAAUUUUAUUGUAAAUAAUUGUUUAAGUUGUGAUUACAAUAAUGAUGGAUAAAAAACUGUUUUAUGUAUAUAUGUUUAUAUCAAGAGUUAUAUUCAUUGUAGAGUUGUAAGUAUUUGGAUUAUAUCAAAUCAGCAGAUCAUGUGUAUUGUUAUUAUUAUCAGCAGGGACACUGUUUAAUUUUGAUAUUUUAUAGGAGGAAUCAAAAUGGUGCUAAUAAUUUUGAUUGUUACUGUAAAUAUGUGAUUUCUUCUUCCGUUGUCUUCUUUCACAAUACAAACGUGUGUCAGUUCAAUAUUACUUUCUAGUCUUUUAAAGUAUAGUAUAGCAUCGGAUUUUUAAGACCUGAUUUAUUGUAAGUAUGAAAGAUUUAUUUUAUUAUAAAUAUAACGAUUUCGAAAAAAAAA